AACAGCUGUAAAACCCGGGAUAUACUUGCGUUGUCAUCAUUAUUACUGUGAUUAUAGUAGUUAGCUCCGCAUAACAAAUCGGAGUUUAAUAACUGUUGAAGUGGUUUCCGCAGUUUAUAGUGAGUUGUUUAUUUAGAACAUAACUGAGAAUCUGUCCAUGCAGUAUGAACGUGGAAAAGGAGGAACACAAUAUGGAGAGUAAAGGAGGGUCUAAAGAGGAAUACAAUCCCUUCGAACACCGGAAAGUCGAAAAGCCUAAUUCUGAUAUAAGGUCAACAGCUAAUUUGAUCAAAGCAUCGUUGGGUUCCGGUUUGCUAGCGGGACCGCUGGCUUUUUCCAACGCAGGAUGGGGUGUGGGAAUUGUUGGGACUAUACUAGUGGGUGUAAUAUGCGGGCACUGCAUACACAUUUUGGUAAAAACGUCCCGAGGGUGUUGUAUUUCAGAGAGAAAACCUUUACUGGGAUAUGCAGAGACAUGUAAAUCCGUUUUCAAAAACGGGCCUAAGGGUGCCAGACCUUUUGCCAAUACUGCAAGCGUAUUUGCAGAAUUUUCUCUGAUGUGUACGUAUGUGGGUGUGUGCUGCAUAUACACGGUAUUGAUAGGAGAUUCGAUUAAACAGCUGUUUGACAAAUACGUGCCUUCGGUUGUUUUACCAGUGGAGUACUAUUGCUUGAUCAUCCUUAUACCACUGUGUCUGAUGUGUCAAAUAAAAUAUCUAAAAUGGUUAGCCAUUUUUUCAAUAUUGGCAAACAUUCUGCUUUUCGUGACAUAUCUCUUCUGCCUGUAUUAUAUUUUCAAUGGAGAGAUGAAUUUCGGCGAUAAAAAAGCUAUUGGCAACCCUGCGAGAUACCCAGCAUUUUUAUCGACAGUUAUUUUUGCAAUGGAGGGAAUCGGAGUAGUUAUGCCAGUGGAAAAUGCAAUGAAGAAACCAAAGCAUUUUCUAGGUUUCCCCAGCGUCCUCGUGGUUGCAAUGGGAGCGAUUGUGUUUCUCUACACCUCUUUGGGACUCUUUGGUUACUUCCGCUACGGUGAUGUUCUCAGAGGAUCGAUAACUUUAAAUCUGCCAAUGGACGAGUGGCCAGCCAUAUGCGCUAAAUUGUGCAUAGCCCUUUCUAUUUUCUUCACCUACCCGCUACAGUUCUAUGUCGUGAUCGACAUAUACACCAAGUACACCGAUCCGCAUAUAAAUCAGAAAUAUAAGGUUGUCACCCAGGUAGCUGCUCGCGUCAUCGGAGUGUGUUGUUGUGUUGGUAUCGGCAUAGCUCUUCCUCUUCUAGAGCAGAUCAUCAACAUCGUCGGAGCAGCAUUCUACUCUAUCCUCGGACUCAUCAUUCCGGCAACCAUCGAAACAGUUUUCCGAUGGCAUAACCUCGGAAAGUGCAACUGGGUUUUAUGGAAAAAUGGCUUCAUAGUUUUAUUCGGACUGUUCUGUUUAAUUUCUGGUUGUACGGUUACAAUUUUAGAUAUCAUAAAAAUCCAACAAAGCAAAACCAUGUAGAUCCCUUAGCUUUUGAAUUAUACAUAUAAGCAAAUAAGUGCCGUUCACAUGGAAUAACGAUAAAACUUUAUUUAGCUUAAAACACGAAAUGAGUGUAUUAUUAAGAAGCAACAAUUAUGGCGUCUUCUUUUCCUUACGAACUUUUUUUCGACACAUAUUGUAUCCUCCUACGAACAUUUUUAAUGUGGAAUCUUCUAAGUAUAAUACGAGUAGUUAAAGCUGUCUCAGGAAUCUAGGAGCGCAAAUCCAAUUAACAGGUUUCUUCUUUGACUUGACUUAAUUACAUAGCUAUAGUUAAAAUUGAUCAAGACAAAUAUUGAAUAAUAGGGUACAUUCAUAGAGCUUCUAUGGUUAUAUAUUUAAGAGGCAAAAGUGACUUUAGAAAUCCAGAGAUGAAAACAAAGGUUCCUUAACUGAUAUGUUCAUGUACGUAUGUAAACGUGAGAUAUUUAACGAUCUUUUUAUGGACUCAAUAUGAGGAAUCCAGUGCGGUAUAGCAUAUAUUUUUUUGUUACAAUACUUUACCCUAGUUUCUUUAACAAAACCGUACGUACUUACAUGUUUGAGAACUAGUUACUAGUAAAGUAUUUAUUUAAUUAAAUAAAUUAUGAAAUGAGA